GAGCAACGUUCUUUUAUUCUCUCCAUCUCCCCCAAAUUUCGCUCGCCUUCGAAUUCAUUCUUGCUGAGGAGCGGAAAUUCGAGUUCAAUCAACUUCUUACUUGUAGGUGGAUUGUGUAUCAAGCAGCUUGAGUAAGAAAUAUUAUUACAUUGAGAAUUGAUCAUAAAUUUUUACAAUGUUUCCAUUUGAUUCGUCGAAGAAAUUGUCGUUUUCUCGCUACAUAAGCGAUGGUGAUUUGUUAAUAGUUUAUGAAAGACAUGAUAACAUGAAGGCAGUAAAAGUUUCAGAAAGCGGGGUUCUGCAGAAUCGUUUCGGUGUAUUUAAGCAUUCAGAUUGGAUUGGGAAACCAUUUGGUUCCAAAGUGUUUAGUAAUAAGGGUGGAUUUGUAUACUUGUUGGCCCCAACUGCUGAGCUAUGGACUCUGGUUCUAAGCCACAGAACCCAAAUUUUAUAUAUUGCCGAUAUAAGUUUUAUUGUCAUGUACUUGGAGAUAGUUCCGGGUUGCCUGGUUCUCGAGUCGGGCACUGGAAGUGGAUCCUUGACUACUUCGCUUGCUCGAGCUAUUGCACCCAGUGGACAUGUUUACACUUUUGAUUUUCAUGAACAAAGGGCCGCCUCAGCUAGGGAAGAUUUUGAAAGGACGGGAUUGAGUAAUUUGGUGACUGUGGGGGUGAGAGAUAUACAGGGUGUGGGUUUUCCAGAUGAAUUUUUAGGGCGGGCAGAUUCAGUUUUCCUCGAUCUCCCUCAACCUUGGUUGGCUAUUCCUUCUGCUUCAAAAAUGUUGAAACAAGAUGGGGUGCUGUGCUCCUUCUCACCGUGUAUUGAGCAAGCACAGAAAUCAUGCGAAACACUUAGAUCUGAUUUUACUGAUGUAAGAACAUUUGAAGUGCUUCUGCACACAUAUGAAGUUCGAGAAGGGAACUUGCGGAGCUGGCAAGAUAAUGAUGGUGGUUCCAUGUCUCUUAAGAGCUGCAAGAAGAGACAACGCUCGACAAAGGGGCUUGAAAAUGCCAGUUCUCUAACAAUCAUGGCGAGGCGCAAUGGCGAAUCUAGAGGUCAUACAGGAUAUUUAACAUUUGCAAGACUCAAAUGCACUUUGUGAACCCUUUUACACUAGUGGAAAGUAACUUUUCUAUUAGUAUUUGCUUAUUUUUUGAAAGAGCAAGCCACUGUGGAGGGAAUUGCAGAAUAUCGGUGUAGAAGAGACCCUUAUCAGCUCCUCUAUGAUGAGAUUUCAAGGCAUUGAUUGGAGUGAAAUAUUUGAAAUCCUGUAUUAAAGCAAGAAAACAUUAAUAGAAUCCUGUAGUUUCCAAUGAUAUUUACAUUUACCGAUCAAAAAAAUCCUGCAGUUUUCAUGCAGAAUUGUUGUUCUACUCCUUUUUUGAACUGCAGCUGUCAGUGAAUAAUAAUCUUGCUCUGGUACUUGCGAUAUCUGAAUAUGAUGGGACUUUGUUUACUUUUAA